ACACAAUCAUCUUCAUAAUGAAAGAGGCAUAAAGUCACAGGGCUGUUUGGAAUAAGAGCCUCAUUUGGUUAAAUGAAAGCACUGAUAAACUGUUUUUUUAAUUAACAAUUUAGUCUUUAUUGCCUUUAGACUUAUUAGUAAAAAAUACAGCAUCAAAACUUACAAUUGCACAGAAGAGAAUACAGUUUACAACCAGUAAUGCAAUAUAUAAAGUACUAUUUGCUUAUUAAACAUGUUAUAGAAUAAUUUAGAUUAGAUCUAGAUUAUUGUCGUGAUUUUUUUUUUUUUCACCUUUGAGUCAAAAGUAUAUAAACUGAGAUUAGGUUGAUCUACCAUCAGACUACUGCAGAAUUACCUCCACACAUUCCCUUUAUCUGAAUAAUAAUCAUCAUAAUCACACAAAUACAUUUAUUUAUAGAACAUCUAAAAGUGAAAUAAAAUACCAAAAUGAAUGAUAAAAUACAUAAAUCCCGGCAAAAUAAUAAACAAGAAAUUAAAACCCUAUAAAAGAAUCGGACAGCUCUGACAAAAUCAGGUUAUGACUUCUAAUUAAAGUACGUGUUUAGAAGACACUGACUCAGACAGCCUUAUUGAGGAGGUCGUUCCAAAGCCUCUGGUGCUUUAGUUUAAAUCGUGGACUUCAGAAGAGACAGAAGACCUCUGCCCGAGGAUCUAGAACUCCACAAAGGCUCAUAUGUGAUUAAAUAGCCUAAAAUAUCAUCUGGAGCCUUAAAGGUAAUCGGAUGUUGGAAUCGGUGCUAAAACAAACAGGGAGCCGAUGUACAGAGUAUAAAACCUGUGUGACGUGAUCGUACAUCCUCGUUCUGGAGGCCUGAUGUCUGAUCACUGGUUUGUCUUCUUCACCUGAAGCGAUCUGGAGAUAAAAGUCAGUUUCAUUAAUCACCAGCUUUGACUUCAGUGAUCCAUCACUUCAGAAUAUUUAGACGCGGUUAAUCAAUGUCAUCGCCUACAAUUCAUCAUCUUUGACAUCCUGUGAUGGAUCUUUGUGGUCUCUGUUUUAAACUGUAUUUAUUCCUCCCGUCUCUCCGUUAGUCAUGGCGGUAGUGAGGUUCUACAGUAACGAAGUGGUGAACGGGCGAGCCGUGCAGAGAGCCGCCAAGCUCCACCCCCAGCUGUCCAUCGCCUCGGAGCUGUGCUACAACGUGGAGCUGACGGGCUGCGAGAGUCUCGGUGCCGAGCAGACGGAGGUUCUCCUCUGGUUGUUCCGUCCUCCCCUGCAGGCCGAGCCGCUGUCUGACAAACCAAACCUCACUGAGGGCGGCGAGGAGAAACUGGUGGAGAUUGGACCCAGGUUGAACUUCUCUACCGCCUGGUCCACCAACACCGUGUCCAUCUGCCAGAGUGCCGGCCUCUCUAAUGUCACGCGGGUCGAGCUGUCUCGCAGGUUCCUAAUCAAGCCAAAGGCUGGAGAGAGCGUGAAGGAGCUCAACGGAGACAUAGAGAGGCUGAUUGAGUGUCUGUACGACAGCAUGACCGAAUGCAUCUAUCCACAUCCCAUCACCUCCUUCAGCGUGGAAACCAAACCGCAGCCGGUGUUUGAGGUGGACGUCCUGGGGAAGGGUCGGGCAGCUUUGGAGACGGCAAACGAGGACCUGGGUCUGGCCUUUGACUCCUGGGAUCUGGACUACUACACGUCGAUGUUCCAGAGGGUUGAAAGGAACCCCACCAGUGUGGAGUGUUUCGACCUGGCCCAGUCCAACAGCGAGCACAGCCGUCACUGGUUCUUCCGGGGGCGGAUGGAGAUCGACGGGCAGCAGCAGAACGAGACUCUUUUCAGUCUCAUAAUGGACACCCAGCGGCACAGCAACCCGAACAACGUCAUCAAGUUCUGCGACAACAGCAGUGGUAUUGUAGGCAUGAAGCUGGAGUGUGUUUACCCAAAAGAUCCAUCCAGAGCCAGUCCUUAUGAGACACGGCACUCUCUAAGACACGUCAUCUUCACCGCAGAGACGCACAACUUCCCGACAGGCGUAGCUCCGUUCAGCGGCGCCACCACGGGCACAGGAGGUCGUAUCAGAGACGUCCAGAGUGCGGGACAGGGAGGCCACGUCAUCGCCGGCACCGCCGGGUACUGCUUCGGCAACCUGCACAUACCAGGGUACGAUCUCCCCUGGGAGUCUGAGGGAGAGGACUGGGAGUAUCCCUCCAGCUUCGCCCCGCCGCUGCAGGUGGCCGUUGAGGCCAGCGAUGGAGCCUCGGACUACGGCAACAAGUUUGGAGAACCUGUCCUGUCGGGUUUUGCCCGUUCUUUCGGCAUGCGGCUGGCUAACGGAGAGCGGCGAGAGUGGAUCAAGCCGAUCAUGUUCAGCGGUGGUCUCGGUUCUAUCGAAGAUACGCAUGUAAAGAAAGAAGAGGCAGAGACGGGAAUGGAGGUGGUGAAGAUCGGAGGGCCCGUGUACAGAAUCGGCGUGGGAGGAGGAGCGGCCUCCUCUGUACAAGUCCAGGGGGACAACUCCAGCGCCAGGGAUCUGGGUGCGGUGCAGAGGGGAGACGCUGAGAUGGAGCAGAAGAUGAACCGAGCUCUCAGGGCGUGUCUGGAAAGAAGCGGCGGGAACCCGAUCUGCAGUAUACACGAUCAGGGGGCGGGAGGAAACGGUAAUGUGCUUAAGGAGCUCAGUGAGCCAGCGGGAGCCAAAAUCUACUGCAGCAGAUUCAAGAAAGGUGACCCCACACUGAGUGUGCUGGAGCUGUGGGGGGCGGAGUAUCAGGAGAGCAACGCCCUGCUGCUCCGUCCGUCGGACAGGGACUUCCUGGAGAGGGUGUGUCAGAGGGAGAAGUGUCCUGUUGACUUCGUGGGAAACAUCACUGGAGACGGGAAGAUUGUGCUGGUGGAUGACGAGGGAGGCAGUGAUUGGGCAGACGGGGCCCGCUGUCCCGUGGACCUGCAGCUGGAGUGGGUCCUGGGCAAGAUGCCACAGAAGGAGUUUAAGAUGGAGCGUCUGGCACCGACUCUUCAGCCUCUGUCUCUUCCUGCCGGGCUCAAAGUCAAAGACGCUCUGGACAGAGUUCUGCGUUUGCCUGCUGUGGCGUCCAAACGCUAUCUCACCAACAAGGUGGACCGGUCUGUGACGGGGCUAGUUGCCCAGCAACAAUGCGUCGGCCCUCUUCACACCCCAUUGGCCGACGUGGCUGUCGUCGCCCUGUCGCCGUUCAGCCUAGAGGGAGCAGCCACGGCCAUCGGCGAGCAGCCAAUUAAAGGCCUGGUGUGUCCUGCAGCCGGGGCUCGCAUGGCUGUCGGAGAGGCUCUGACCAAUUUGGUGUUUGCCAGAGUCACAGCUCUGAAGGAUGUGAAGUGUAGUGGAAACUGGAUGUGGGCCGCCAAGCUGCCCGGUGAGGGCGCCCGUCUGUGGGACGCCUGCAAAGCCAUGUGUGAGGUCAUGGGACAGCUGGGCGUGGCCGUCGACGGGGGCAAGGACUCUCUCAGUAUGGCCGCCAGAGUGGGGAAAGAGACGGUCAAGGCUCCGGGUGCUCUGGUUAUUUCUGCGUAUGCCGUUUGUCCCGACAUCACAGCCACGGUGACGCCCGACCUGGAGGAUCCAGAUGGAAAAGGCGUGUUGCUGUGGGUUCCUCUCAGCCCGGGCCGCCAUCGUCUGGGAGGCUCGGCCCUGGCUCAGUGCUUCAGCCAGCUGGGAGACUGCUCUCCUGACUUGGAGCAGCCUCAAGUGUUUACCGCCUGCUUCAACACCACACAGGAACUCGUACACGAUCGUCUUCUGACCGCAGGACACGACGUCAGCGACGGCGGCCUCAUUUCCUGCUUGCUAGAGAUGGCGUUUGCGGGAAACCGUGGGAUUGAUGUUGAGUUAUCAUCACAAGGAGCUGGAGUCCUGGAGCUGUUGUUCAGCGAGGAGCUGGGUUUGGUUCUGGAGGUUUCACAGCUCGAUGUAGAGACGGUGUGUCAGAGAUACGGCGACGCCGGCGUGCUCUGUCAACGCGUCGGCAGAACCUGCGGCUUUGGACCGGAGGCUGUGGUCAGCGUUCGUGUGGACGGACGGGAGGUUCUGAGAGAGCCGCUGCCCGACCUCAGAGCAUCAUGGGAGGCCACCAGUUUCCAGCUGGAGCGCCUCCAGGCCAAUGAGACGUGUGUUAAACAGGAAGAGGAGGGGCUUGCCAACAGGACACAGCCCUACUUCAAACUGACCUUUGACCCCUCUGAACUGCCCACCAUCAGCCAGCUCAGACAGCCUCGUGUAGCCGUGAUCAGGGAGGAGGGCAGUAACGGAGACCGAGAGAUGUCUGCGUCUCUGCACAUGGCGGGCUUUGAGGUGUGGGACGUCAACAUGCAGGACCUGUGCUCUGGCUCCAUAACUCUGGAGUCCUUCAAAGCAGUCGUGUUCGUUGGUGGAUUCAGCUACGCAGACGUCCUGGGAUCAGCUAAAGGCUGGGCUGCUACUGUUGCAUAUAACCCCAAGGCCAAGGCUGAGUUUGAUCGAUUCCGGCGGCGGGACGACACGCUGAGCCUGGGAGUGUGUAAUGGCUGCCAGCUGCUCGCUCUGCUGGGCUGGGUGGGAGAGGAAGGAGCUGAGACUGAAGUGGUGCUGACUCAUAAUAAGUCCGGCAGGUUUGAGUCCCGGUUCGUCAGCGUUGGGAUCCAGGAGUCCCUGUCCGUCUGGCUCAGAGGCAUGGAGGGCUCCGCUCUGGGAGUCUGGGUCGCACAUGGAGAAGGUCUGAUGCAGUUCCGUAGCUCCCUGUCCCAGGACCAGAUUAUCUCUGGCGGGCUCGCCCCCGUCCGUUACCUUGAUGACCAGGGUCAUCCCACUGAAGAGUACCCUCUGAACCCUAACGGCUCCCCGCAGGGCGUAGCUGGGCUCUGCUCCAGGGAUGGGCGACACCUGGCCAUGAUGCCCCACCCGGAGCGCUGCACCCUGGGCUGGCAGUGGCCCUGGGCCCCGAGGGCCUUCAGACCGUCCCUCACACCUUCCCCGUGGUUACACAUGUUCAAGAACGCCGCUGCUUGGUGCAGCAACACAGAGUGAUGAUACUGUUUACAUUUCUGCUGCUGCCAAAGUCAUAGUAUUAUCUUUUUGGGGUUGUGGAGGGUCAACUGAACAUAAGGCCUGUUCGCAUUACUCAGUCGUGUAAUGCACCUUUUUACUCACUGCGGUACUUUGUCUGUUUGUGUUGUUAAUGAUGCCUGCUGUAAUACUUAAUGACUUGGAGACAACUGAGGUUUCUUGUUGACUUUGUACACAUUUUUGCAAUUUUUUUUUUUUAACAAAUAUGUUUCGUACCAAUCAGUGUUACUCUAAAUAAAUACAUAAUAAAACAGCAGAAGCAUGUGUAGUGUGUCAUAUGAUUUUAAAGAAAUGCCAUUUAAGUCAAUAAAUAUUCUUUAUUUUACACAAAAACAUAUGUCAAGUAUUUACAUAGUACUAUUAUAGUACUGACAUGACAGCUUGCUGCCCACUCAACAGUUUUUUGGGGUAAAAAAUAAAGGAUGAAAUUGCGAUUUACUCCCAAACAAACACUCCAGGCCUCAGGAACUUACAGAAUAAGAAUUUGUAACCACAGCUGAACCAGCACACUUGCAUGACAUUGCAUUUUAGAUAACACUCUUACAUAGGCCCUGUAAACCCUUGACAAACAGGCCUGGACUGUGCUGUAGUCAAUAUUAUUGUAUCCACUAAUCCAACUAGCUACAG